AUGAAGCUCCUUUCUCUUCCCCUAGAGCUACUUUUCUGUCUAGCAGACUUAUUAGAUGUCUCACAGGACUUGCUUUCAAUGGCAAAAUUGAAUAAACGAUCAAGUCUUCUAUUCCUACCGCUUCUCUACACUUUCAAUGUUCGCUGCCAGAAUAGCUCUGCUCUGAUCUGGGCCAUCCAGCACAACCAGUCGAAACUGGCGAAAACCCUACUCGAAAAAUAUCAAGCGAACCCAAACACAAUAGAUGGCAGACUUCGGACGCCGCUAUUCUACAUCCACGGUAUUCGAACAGAAAGGUAUCAAAUGAUCCGCUCUUUGAUCAAGAGCGGCACAGAUCUCAAUUGGAGAGAUGAUCAUCAGCAAACGCCAUUACUAUACUCCCUCCAAAGGAAGCUUUUACCUACAGCCAGAGAUCUUUUGGGGUACUCUGAUACAGAAGUGACUGCUCGAGAUAACAAGGGCCGAAAUGCGAUCUGGUUUGCUACCGCCCAUCAGGAUAAGGAUUUGGUUCGGGCCUUCCUGGCCAGGGGGGUUGACACUUUUACAGCCGACUGCAAAGGAAUCGACCCCAUUAACCUAGCUAUCUUAUAUCAGAGCAGUCCAAUUCUUACCAUGCUGCUUGACCACGUCAAAACGAAGCCUUCAGCGGCAACCCUGGAUGGCCCAAGCAGCCGUGAGCAUCCGCUAUUUAUUGCCACGCGCAAAGGGUCAAAGGAAAUGGUCCAAAUACUGAUUUCCUACGGAGCAAAUCUCAACAUCAGGAACCGAAAGGGUCAGAGUUUGCUUCAUCAAGCAGCCAUAAAAGGAUACUGCAAUAUUUUGCAAACUUUUCUCGAUUAUGACAUGAUUUCUAUCAACACUACCGAUACAACGGGAGCAACAGCGCUACAUUUGGCCGCAAAGCAUGGGCAGAUAUCGAUCGUGAAGAUCUUGCUAGCCUUGCCUGACAUCGAAAUCAAUUCCCGCGACGUGGACGAAGUCACACCUCUCUGCAUUGCUAUUCGCGAGGAUCAACAGUCUGUGGCCAUGCGAAUUUUAUCCGAGGAGUUAGCUGAGAUUAACGCGACCUGCCGACACGGGCAAACGGCCCUUCAUUAUGCCGUACAAAAUGGCAAUAUUCUGCUCACUCCCAUCACCUAUGCUGCAUUAAGUGGCAGUCUACGAUUACUGGAGGUACUUCUCACGAGACAAGACAUUGCGCUGAAUGUUCGAAAUGCCUCGCCGAUCUUCUAUGCCUGUGAGAAGGGCCAUAUGGAGAUCGUACGUCGACUUCUUGACCACAAUGAUGUCGAUUUCGACAAAGCGGUCUGGAACAAAUCUCCCCUUUUCAUCGCAAUCGAAAAUGGUCAUACUGAAAUCGCGAAGCUGUUGAUUGACCGGUGUGGUGGUAUCGAUGUCAACUCACCUACAUUGCUUGGAAGCACUGCAUUGUCAGUGGCAGCAUCAAGCGGGAAUCUAGAAAUCGUGGAAAUUCUGCUUCAAGAUGAAAGACUGAACUGCAAGGCCGAAAAUAGUUUUGGAGAAACAGCCCUUCAACUGGCAGCACGAGAAGGAAAUGAAGCAAUCGUGCGAGCUCUUUGCCGUGAUAAACGUGCCAGAGACCUUCCAAGCUUGAGGAAAGCGAUCAGGUACUCUUCAAACAUCAGAUUGACAUACUUUCUUCAAGAACAGGAAGAAAUUUGGGUCCGAGAAAGCAGCGCAUGA